UCAGUGUUACAAUCUUCAUUCAUCUUCCUAUAUCUGCUCUUGCCUACAUAAGCACACACCCCUCAAGUUCAUUAUUCCGUGCUCUCUCUCUUCCUCUUUUCAGUUCCUGAGCUUUCUUAUCAAACGUUGAUUAAUUUCCUCUUAGUCUAAAAUUUCAAUAAAAUACCAUCCCAAAAAAAUGAGAGAAAUUCUCCACAUUCAAGCUGGUCAAUGUGGUAAUCAGAUUGGUGGCAAAUUUUGGGAGGUUGUAUGUGAUGAACAUGGCAUUGAUGCCACAGGAAACUAUGUCGGUACUUCUCGUUUUCAGCUUGAGAGGGUUAAUGUUUACUUCAAUGAAGCCAGUGGUGGCCGCUAUGUACCUAGAGCUGUACUAGUGGACCUUGAGCCAGGGACAAUGGAUAGCUUGCGUACUGGUCCUUAUGGACAACUGUUUAGACCUGAUAACUUUGUUUUUGGCCAAAAUGGAGCUGGGAACAACUGGGCCAAGGGUCAUUAUACCGAAGGAGCUGAAUUGAUUGAUUCAGUUCUUGACGUUGUCCGUAAAGAGGCUGAGAAUUGUGAUUGCUUACAAGGCUUUCAGAUUUGCCAUUCUUUGGGAGGUGGAACUGGGUCAGGAAUGGGGACACUGCUGAUAUCCAAGAUCAGGGAAGAAUACCCUGAUCGGAUGAUGCUGACUUUCUCAGUGUUUCCCUCACCUAAAGUCUCCGAUACCGUGGUUGAGCCCUACAAUGCGACCCUCUCAGUGCACCAGCUAGUGGAAAAUGCUGAUGAAUGCAUGGCCCUUGACAAUGAAGCUCUCUAUGACAUCUGCUUUAGAACUCUCAAGCUCACAAAUCCAAGCUUUGGUGACUUGAACCAUUUGAUUUCAACAACCAUGAGUGGAGUCACAUGCUGCCUUCGCUUCCCUGGCCAACUCAACUCGGAUCUCCGAAAACUAGCAGUAAAUUUAAUCCCAUUCCCACGCCUGCAUUUUUUCAUGGUUGGUUUUGCGCCCUUGACGUCCCGCUCGCAACAGUACCGUGCCUUAACAAUCCCCGAGCUCACUCAACAAAUGUGGGAUGCCAAAAACAUGAUGUGCGCAGCUGAUCCUCGUCAUGGUAGGUAUUUGACAGCCUCAGCUAUGUUCCGAGGCAAAAUGAGCACCAAGGAAGUUGAUGAACAAAUGAUCAAUGUGCAAAACAAGAACUCCUCAUAUUUUGUUGAGUGGAUUCCUAACAACGUUAAAUCAAGUGUUUGUGACAUUCCACCAACUGGGCUAACAAUAUCAUCAACAUUCAUGGGGAAUUCCACAUCCAUUCAAGAGAUGUUUAGGCGUGUUUCAGAACAAUUCACUGUCAUGUUUAGGAGGAAGGCGUUUUUACAUUGGUAUACAGGGGAAGGAAUGGAUGAAAUGGAGUUUACAGAGGCGGAGAGCAACAUGAAUGAUUUGGUAUCUGAGUAUCAGCAGUAUCAGGACGCUGUGGCAGAUCAGGAUGGGGAAGAGUAUGAGGAGGAGGCAAUGGAAAAUUGAGGGAAAAUUUUCGAACUUUUGGCCAUGGCCAAAAGAAACUGGCGUUUGGAACUAGUUUGUGAUUGUUAUUUGAUGCUUGAUAAGGAGGCCAUGUUUCAUUUGUGUUGGGAAUUUGGUGUCCUUUUGGAAAUGUGAAUUAUGAUUGAGAAUUUGUGAUUAAUUAUAUGUAAAUUUGGAGUGUAAAUUGCAUCUUUGAAUGUUGAUUUAUUACAAUGUUUAUUUUGGCUUGUUUAUUCGAGUGCAAAUUUUGUAUGUUUUCGCCCCCUUUUUU